UCAGCCAUGAGCCCGGGUCGGAGAGCGUGGAGAGGGGCGAUAGAAAACCAGCGUGCUCAAAGAAAAAGCUGUUGACGUUCCCGAUGACGAUGACGACAGAGCGAGGGAGAGGUUUGAUUGGCCCGAGAACGUCGGAGGGGCGGGGAGAUGCCUUUUACGUCGCUUUCCUUUAUGACCUGCGCAUUUAGCGAGGUUUGCAAAAUGUGUGACUGGAGCGGUGAGGCUUAAGCUCGCAGACAACAUACACACGCUUCUCAGACACGCUCCGAGACGGACAGGCGGACGCCAGGGGACUGACCAGCGGGGAGAAUCCACCGGCCGGAAAUUCGCCUCAGGACCCCACCUGCCGCCGACCCCGACCCGCCGAAAAUCAACGCACCCGUCUCCGAUUAAAGAUCAUCGUUGCAUGACUGGGGAGACGGGGUUUGAAAGAGGGGACUGGCCGGAGCUCGGCGCGCGUGUGUGCGAGAAGGGACCGGGGCAGAGAGCGGCUGAGACGCGCUGACAGGCAGCCUGUUGGUUUCUGUGGAGCAGCCGCUGAGCAGACAAGACGGGACUCCAGUUGCGUAGCAGCGCGAUCCGGUCCAGAUUGCAGUGGGAGCCACGGGCUCUCUUACGCCCAGCGCGCACCGGUGACCUCGGCGGGCCGUCUCCGGAUCAUGUGACGGAGCCGCUCUCGUCGGCGACCGGACGCAGAGCGCGACAGAGGGAGGGGCGCCCAGCGAGAGGGACAGCCGCCGCCGCCGCCCCGUGGAGAGCCAGCAGCACGCACGCGGGGGCACGCUGCGGGGAGGACAGCCGGCGGCCGGCUCCGGCCUCGGGAUGGGCGUGGGGAAGAAUACCACCUCCAAAUCCAUGGAUUCGGGAGGCGGGGCCGACGCCAAAUACGAGGAGGAGCCCUCCAAGCACGCGACCGCUUCUCUCCCUGUGGUGGUGAAUGGCGCGGCCCAGUCUGCGGGGGACCAGGACACCGAGGACACCGAGCUCAUGGCCAUCUACACCAGGGAGGGCGGCACAGCCGAGAAGAGCUCACUCUCGGAGACGCUGGACAGCAGGGACAGCAUGGAGGCCCAGCGGAUGGACAUGAUUUACACCAUUGAGGACACACCUCCUUGGUACCUCUGUCUCUUCCUGGGACUGCAGCACUACCUGACCUGUUUCAGUGGGACCAUCGCUGUGCCCUUCCUGCUGGCCGACGCCAUGUGUGUGGGGUUUGACCAGUGGGCCACCAGCCAGCUGAUUGGCACCAUCUUCUUCUGCGUGGGCAUCACUACCCUGCUGCAGACUACGCUGGGCUGCCGGCUGCCCCUCUUCCAGGCCAGCGCGUUUGCGUUCCUGGCCCCUGCUCGAGCUAUCCUGUCUCUGGAGAAAUGGAAAUGCAACACCACAGAGGUCCCAGUGCUGAACAGCACAGAGCUGCUGCACACAGAGCACAUCUGGCACCCCAGGAUCAGGGAGAUCCAGGGCGCCAUCAUCGUGUCCUCUCUGGUGGAGGUGUGUAUCGGGCUGCUGGGCCUGCCCGGGGUGCUGCUGCAGUUCAUCGGACCCUUGACCAUCACGCCCACGGUGGCGCUCAUCGGGCUGUCCGGCUUCCAGGCUGCAGGGGAGAGGGCAGGCAAGCACUGGGGCAUCGCCAUGCUGACGAUAUUCCUGGUCCUGCUGUUCUCCCAGUAUGCCCGCAAUGUCCAGCUGCCCUUCCCUGUGUACAAGUCCAAGAAGGGCUGGACUGCCUACCGCCUGCAGCUCUUCAAAAUGUUCCCAAUAAUCAUGGCCAUCCUGGUGUCCUGGCUGCUGUGUUUCAUCUUCACGGUGACGGACGUCUUCCCGCCGGAGAAGGACCAGUACGGAUUCUAUGCCAGGACCGAUGCAAGACAGGGCAUCCUGUCUGUGGCUCCCUGGUUCAAGAUCCCAUAUCCUUUCCAGUGGGGCUACCCCACGGUGUCGGCGGCCGGAGUGAUCGGGAUGUUCAGCGCGGUGGUCGCCAGCAUCAUCGAGUCCAUCGGGGAUUACUACGCCUGCGCCCGGCUCUCCUGCGCCCCCCCGCCCCCCAUCCACGCCAUCAACCGGGGGAUAUUUAUCGAGGGGGUGUCCUGCGUGCUGGACGGCCUGUUUGGGACCGGGAACGGCUCGACCUCCUCCAGCCCCAACAUCGGAGUCCUGGGGAUCACCAAGGUGGGCAGCCGGAGAGUCAUCCAGUACGGCGCUGCCCUCAUGCUGCUGCUGGGGCUGGUGGGCAAGUUCAGUGCGCUGUUCGCCUCCCUGCCUGACCCCGUGCUGGGGGCGCUCUUCUGCACGCUCUUCGGGAUGAUCACGGCUGUGGGCCUCUCGAACCUCCAGUUCAUCGAUCUGAACUCCUCCCGGAACCUCUUCGUGCUCGGCUUCUCCAUCUUCUUUGGCCUGGUGCUGCCCAGCUACCUGAAACAGAACCCGCUGGUCACAGGUAUAGUGGAGAUAGACCAGGUGCUCAAUGUGCUGCUGACGACGGCCAUGUUUGUAGGGGGCUCGGUGGCGUUUAUUCUGGACAACACUAUCCCCGGCUCCCCGGAGGAGCGGGGCAUCCGGCGCCUGAAGCGCGGCGCGGGCAAGAGCACGGCCGAGCUGGAGGGCAUGCGGUCCUACGACCUGCCGUUCGGGAUGGACUUCCUCCGCCGACACCGCUUCUUCCAGUACCUGCCCAUCAGCCCCACCUUCGCGGGGGACAUUAACUGUACAGUUCAUGGGAACCCUGACUGGCCUGAGAGCAGUGGUGAGAAGGGCCGUCGUGCGACGUGGUGGCACGUGCACACGUGGACAGUCCUCUGUGCCUUCCAGUCCCCCGUGCCCCUGCGCCCCCCAGGAGGAGGAGCAGAGCAGUGCCAGUGUGCUUGCAGGCACGCCUUUGUCCUUUCACACAAUCCAGACAUCUUUUGUGCUGUAUGCAAAUGAGCGAACUAUUAAACACUCCCUUUCAGUUCUUUUGAAGGGGAUAUCUGAAUAGAAGAUACCAUGUGGUUCAUAUCUUAAACUUCUUUAAGUUUUUUGGGGGGGUUUUUGUAAACUUUUUUUUUUAAGGCUAAGAAGUAACAUUUGUAUGAAAGAAAUGCAUUUCAUCCUGAAUCCUCAUGCUGCACAGUGCACUGUUUCAUUACAUUUCAUUACGAUUUGGUGUCUACACAUCAGCCCUUUUCUGGGCUUUGGGGGGGUUGCUCAAGGGGUCUUCAGUUCACUGUCAUUCAAUGGGAAAGAAGAACAUGUUUGUUUUUGUUUGUCUGCUAGACCUUUUUCAUAAUGUAUUUUUCUAACAUUGCUUCCUGUUUCAUGUUAAUAAUAGUGAAAAGAGAUCUUCUAAAAAACAAAAGUAUAUAAAUAUAUAUUAAAAUGCAAAAGUGUGCUAUAAUUAUCUGGACCAGAUAUCGUGUAUAGUUAUGGUAGCAUUGAAUAUGUUCUAUCCCUUGUUCCUAAAGGUGUCUAUUUAAUAAAAUAUGAUGUUACAGAAUGAA